ACUCGCUAUACAGCUGUUACUCGGAGAUUCUCGGUGUUGUUGAUCAUGUAGGUAGGUAGCAUCACCCAAAGAGUCUUUAUUUUUCGAGAAAGUAAUGGGAUCAAUCGUCAGCAAAGUCAAAACAAAGAUGUCAUCAACCACUACAGAACCGGUACCUUUGACGUACUAUGCCAAAGCGCAAUCCGUCAAGCCACCGUUGAUUGCGAAUGAGAACGCAUUCCUCGGGGAUGUUUCUUCGUCUGACAAACUCGACCCGGCGAAGCCCAUCUCAGCGGGGUUCUAUCGUCUGGAGAAGGGAACUCCGCUCGUGUACGCGUAUCACUACCACGAGAUGAAAAUCAUCAUCGAGGGCAGCUUUGACAUUAGCGACGAAGCAGGAAACAAGGUGCACGCAGUUCCUGGAGACGUACUCUACUUCCCCAAGGGUUCCAAGAUCACAUUUACCACGGAAGACUAUGGGCUUGGCUUCUAUUGUGGACAGCGGGAGAGGGACACGGCAUAGAAUAGUCAUAAGGGGGAGAAUAAUAAUAAAAGAUACCACUUGCUUCAACUGCUCUUGAUGGCUACUAACUCCAUGUGAUGUUGUUAAAGGUUAGCAGAAUAGGCAUUGAAAAGUGUCCAGAUCAGAUCCAAGAUCUCGAGCUAUGUGAAGAUAGACUUGAGAUCGAGAGGAAGUGGUCUGGGAUCCAUCUACUCUUGCCUUGUAUCCUAUCUAUCAUUUUAGAUG